GCAUGCUGAGAGUUGUAGUUAUGAUGUACACAUACAAAUGAAAGGUGAGCACUGUAGCUCCGGAUGACUGUACACGUCUCCGCUGCAGGGCCCCUGUACACAAACAGCCAGGCCCCGCCCCCAUCCUGGCCCAAUCAGUGCACAGUAGAGGCGUGUACCCUCGGUGCACUCGUCCUUGCACACACGGCUCCAAGAAUACAAAGGGGACAUGUCGCUGACCUUCACAUAUUUUCCAGAAAUCUCAACCAUCUGAACACGUCUCUAAUUUAUCAGACCACAAGCUCCUUAGAAAGUCAACAAGUAUGAAACUAGUUGCUUAAAACACAUAGAAGAAAUGGAAUAAUCCGUUUGGGGGACAAAAUAAAUCUUGUGGGAUGUGUUUGCAGUCUGACAGUAGGAAUAGAAAAUGUUCCCUCAAGAAUCUGUGACACUCGUAGAAAAAGAUCAUGAAUAUAUUGAAUAAUAUAUCACCAAGACAGAUGACACAACAUACUGGAGUAUUACUAAGACUUGAAUUAUUUAGGUGUAAUAUUCAGUUUCACAGACACUCACAAGAAAGCUUCUAAUAAAUACUAUAGAUGUUACAUUUUUAAAAUAUUUAUUUGGUGGCGGCCAUAGUAACCACUACUUACAUUCAUCAGUCUGAGCUUUAGAAGAAAAAUUUGGAUUGAGCAUUUUUCCCCAAAAUGUCAUUCAGUGCCACAAUUCUAUUUACCCCUCCACCGGGGCAGAAUGAUGGAAAAUGUGAAUGUAAAGUUGAAAAUGUGCAAGGUGGCUCGAUGUUCGUUGAUGGUACUACCCCUAUCACGGUUGGUGGGCAAGGUGUGGCAGUGCAAGGCUGUGAGCAGCUGCUUCAUCUUAUCUAUCAACGUGUGGAGAAAGCAGUGGGACUCGCCGAAGCUGCACUCAAUGUUGCCAAGGCAAACAGUAGCCUCCUCAGUGAACUUCAGGACGAGGUCAGUAGUCUAAAGAGAGCAAUGGAAAGGCCGGAGGCUCCAAAGUCACCACCAGAUAUGAGCGCAAGAUGUAAGUUAUCAGAGGAGGAAGAUGUUGAAGAAAUUGGAGGAGUUCAGGUUGUCAUUGAGGAGUUGAGACAGCUGGGUGCAGCAUCUGCCUCACUGGUUCCUGGGCUUCACCCUCCAGUUCUGGACAGGACAAGAGACGGUUGCCUACCAGUAUGUCCUCCUAAUGAAACUUCAGCCAUCCUUAGUCCUGUGCAUAUGCCGGUCAUUGAUGAUUUUUUAAAUGCAGAGGCCCCUGCCCAGCGCAUUUUAUCUUCUAACUUUGUGAAGCAGCUGACAGACACACGGCCUCACAGGGAUCCGGUAGAGAAUCUGAAUGAGCCAACUCCUCCAGUUGUGAAAUCGAGUCAUUCACAUAUCCUAAUACAGAAAGAUGGCUCCCUAAGUCCAGGAGGGUUGAUGGUAGCAGAAACUUCACCUGAUUCAGGGGAGAUGAGGCAACCGUCGUCACCACCAAUAUUCGCCCCAUAUUACAUUGGCACAAACAGUCGGCAGCGCAGCAAUGGCCAGAAAUGUUCUCGGCGAAAACGAGACCUAGUUCUUUCGAAACUGGUACAUAAUAUUCACAAUCACAUCUCUAACAACAAGCGCUUCAAUGGCUCCGAGAGCAUCAAGUCCUCCUGGAAUAUUUCAGUUUUAAAGUUCCUGGUGGAGAAGCUAAAGCAAGAGCUUGUGUCUAGUUGUCAUCGAUAUACAGACAAGGAGCUGAAAGGUGCUUGCGUUGCCUACUUUUUAACAAAAAGAAGAGAAUAUCGAAAUUCCAUGAAUCCUUUUAAGAGUUUGAAAGAAAAGGAAGAAAAGAAGUUGAGAAGUCGUAGAUACAGGCUUUUUGCAAAUCGCUCAUGGGGUGUACAGCAGUUUCCACCUGAAGAACAAGCCUUGUGGGAGGGUGUGACAGAAGAGUUUAUGUCUGAUGAAGAGGAUAGUUUAUCGGAGCCAGGAGUUUGGGUUGCCCGACCACCUCGUUUCCGAGCAGCAGAGCUGUCCAGGCUCUGCUACAGCAUUGACUCGCACUCUAAGCAUGGCAAUAAAGCCAAUCGAGUUUAUGGCUCCCUAUCUGAUCGGUUACCUUCUACAGAGGUUCAGCUUCUUCCCCCACAUCUUUAUAAUCCAAACUGGGAAAGAGAAGGGGAAGAGGAAGAGCUCGCAGGUGGAGGAAGAGGAAGAAAACCCUAUUGUCCUGACUUAAAUGCCUUUAUACAGAUUAAAGUGGAAAAGGAUGAAUGAAGGAAAAAUAGACAACUAGAUUUAGAAGUACCUGAUCUGUGUAACUGAGAUGAUGUAUAUGUUCAAUGAUUGUAUUUGCACUUCGUGUGGAUCCAGCUGACCAGGUGGUAAAAAGAUGGCAUUUACAGUCACAAUAAAGUGUUAUUUUUUAGAUACAUAUUAUUCGA